AUGAAAAACUCAUACUUAACUUCAUCGCAUUCCUUCAACUCUUCCUCCUCACAGCCUACUGGGAUGUCCUCAUCUGCUAAAAAGCAGAGCUAGUUGCAGCUGAAUUUGUAAAAAUCCUCUACAUUGUCAUAAUAAUAAAUGAGCCAUCAAGCUAUGGAUAGUUCUAAUAAUAAUGGACUUGAUUCGAGUAUGCUCUCAACUGUGUCAUCUUUAAAUCAAUCUAAAUUUUAGUUCGAUAUCUACAUAAAUAAAGUGGAACUUGUAGUCCCCUCUCCAGUAUAUAUUUUCGUUCAAGUAUUGAAAGGAACACAUUCACUUAACACAAAGAAAAAGUUAAAAAUUGAUUAAGCCAAUAAAGUCGCAUCCUUUAAUGAAAAGUUAUCUAUAGUUACUUGCCUUAAUAAAAAUACUGGUUAAACAUAAUCCCAAGAUCGUUCAAGUGAAUACCAAGCUAAAUUUAUUCAAAUCAGAUUGAUUGCUUUUUACAACUCAAAAGAAAAAGCUAUUGGUAUAUGUAGCGUAGAUUUAAGUCAUUUUAUCCAUGGAUAGAAAGACUAAAAUGGUAAGAUAGCAGCCAAGGUUAAUUUUUAAAAGUGUUUUGACAAAAAUGCUGCUCUGAGCUUUGAAAUCAGAGCUAAAGAGCAGUUUAACUAGAUUAGAGAGUCGAUUCUUGAAGAGCAAGAAUCGAGUAGCAUUCUUGAAUAAGACACGACUGUAUUUGAGACAACUAAUGAUCUUUUGAGGGAAAAUUCAGUUUAGGAUUCAUCAAGAUUCAGCGUUCUUGAGAAUCCUAGUUUUUUAACUUCUAAUGAAGAAUAUUAAACUGAAAAUUUUGGAAGUAGUCAGAAAUCAGCUUAAAAGGAGAUUCAGAGUAAAAAACUCACACAAGAAUUGUCACCUACAAAUAAGUCAAAGGAGCACUUUGAUCCUAUCAUGCGUUCACAUAGAAACGCUAUAGUAUAGAAGAACGGCAAGUACUCACCAUCAAAGACUCUUAAUUCUGCCCGAACAAUAAUUCAACCCUCAAUGAGCACUUAAGAUCUAGUAAAACAGUCGUCUCAAACUUCCACAACUUAUGAAACUUCAUCUAAUCUAGUGUAGUCACGAUCUUAAACACCAAACCUAAAGGCAAAUCAAGAAUCCACUAACAGUAAUGAAACUACACCUUCUUAAAGUGACAGCAUAAACUAGGUUAGAAAAUAAGAAGACAAAAUAAGGAAGCUUGAAUAUGAGGUAAAAUCUCUGAAGCAAGAAAACCAGGAUCAGAAGUAGAAGAUAGUAACUCUUUAAAUAAAAGAAGAGCGCAUGCGAGAAUAUGAAGUUAAAUGCAAUGAGGCUGAUUCAUACAAAUAAAAAGCCUAGUCACUUGAAACUUAGCUUAGAAAAUCUUAGGAAGACUAAUAAGAAUUCGAAAGAGACAGAUUAGUAAUUAUCGAAUCCUAUGAAAAGAAGAUUCACGACUUGAAAGUUCAAGUUCAAGACACUUAAUCUUAACUAGCCGAUGCAAAUGCUAUGAACUAGUAAUUGCUAAACCAGGUGUCUCAACUAAAGGAGUAAAAUACUCUAAGCACAAUGGAUUCAGCACAAGCUGAUGAGGAUAAAACACUUGUAAAAUUAAGAAACAAUGAUGAAUUCAAGAUCGAACUCUCAGACACUAAUUACUAUUAUAGAGAUUUAUACGAAAAGUUGCUUUUAUCAAUGAAGGUGUUAGCUGAUGAGAACGAAGCUGCUAAGAAAAGUAAUUAAUAACUAGAAAGCUAGUUGAUAAGAAGUAAAGAAUAGAUGUCAAUGCUGGUAAAUGAACUUUACUCUCUCGAAAAGGAAAAUAUUUAUGAUAGAGAUUGA